AUGAAGUGUAUCAUCGAGGGUAAUGGCAUCAAAGUCUUUGGGAGAGCAAUUCAUGCUCUGUCAAGAAUUGGCGAUGAAAUAUGGUUGGAUCCACAGGAAGAUGGGUUGGCUGUGAGGACUGUGAACUCGUCUCAGUCAGGUUACGCCUGUUUCUGCUUCGCUCCUCUGUUCUUCCAGCAGUAUAUUCCAGAUCCAGACACCAAAGACUCUCAAGCAGUAAAAUGCAAAUUAAACUUGAAGUGCGUGCUUCCUAUGUUCCGCUGUGUGACAUGUCGAGAGCGAAGUGUGGACAGAUGUGAAAUAAGCAUCCAAAUCCCGGACGGCAGAGUGACAUUUCGCUUUCACUGCAGACACGGAAUCACCAAGACCCAUAAUUUGGGGUAUCAGGAGUGUGAAGCUUUACAGGCUGUGUUUCCAGCUCACCUCAGUCCAAAUGUCCUGAUGGCCCAGUCCAAACUGUUAGGUGGCAUUGUGGUGCAUUUCCCAGUUUCUCAAGAAGAGGUCACUCUUUCCGUUUCCUCUCUUAAAGUCGUCCUGAAGACCUUUUGUGUGGAAGAAAAUGACUGCAUGAAAGGCAUGAACACAGCGCUGAUGCUGCACCCAGAUGAGCUAGACUAUUUUCAGGUUGGAGAGGAUUCAGAUGUGACCUUCUGCCUCAAAGAACUGAGGGGGCUGCUGUCUUUUGCUGAGUAUUAUGGUUUACCAGUGUCUUGUCAGUUUGGUGCAGCUGGACAGCCGAUAUCCUUCACUGUGAAAGACAUUACACUGGAGGCCCACGUUGUGUUAUCAACCUUAACCAAUCCAGACUCCGAGAGCUCGUCUCAACCUGCACCGCGGGAUGACCGUACUGUUAAAACCCCUAAGGCCUCCACAGCAGAAAACUCAACAUAUGAAGAGCCCAUGGAGGCAGAUGUGUGUGUUUCUGAUGGGGAACGAGUGGCCUCCAGUCAGGGCAGUGAAAUGUUCAGUCCAGCCCGUCAUAUGAGGAAGAUGAUGCAGCUUCAUGCACCUGAAGAGAUCCUGCAGAGGCCCUGUUUUGCUCCUGAAUCUGUCCUGACUACACCAGUAACUCCAGCCACUUUUAAGAUCCGAUCGCUGCUUUUUGGGGCUGUAUAUAAUAACGGAGAUGGUAAAACUGCAGAUUUGCCAAGCUUGGUUUAUGCCAGCGACACCGAAGACGACGGAGGAACACAGGAGACAAUCAGGUAACGCCUUAAGCUAACCUGACUCGGGUAACACCCACUACAAAAAUCUGUGGACAAGCUACAUUUUGUAGACUACAAAAACUCAGUAGUUUAAGAGAGAAAACGGCCUACUUUCUGCUGUUAAAUGUUAUAUUACCUGUUGAAAUGUUUCUUAAAUAUUGCUGUAAAGGCUACCCCUAGGUCUUUAG